CACUGGGCUGACAGUCACGACUCUGUUCUACACCUUCAGGCUUCACAGAGGAAAGAAGGACCAAGAAAAACACAGAAAUAGGCACAUAACUGACCUACAGAUCCAUCAAUAACUUAAUUCCCUUGCAGCAGAAUUACAUAGGGGAAAGAGAGGAAAAGAGGGGAGGAGGAAGAGGAGGAGAAGAAAAAAAAAAUCCAGAGAAUUCUAGCCUUGCAAAUAUAGUCAAAUUGAGAAUGAGAGGAGUUCAUUUGCUCUAGAAGAACAGGGAAGAAAGAACAGAUUAAAUAAACAAAACAGGAGAAGAUUGUAGCUCCCUUCACGAUAGCAGCAGUAUUAUUACAGAAGUAAAAUGAUUCCUCCGUGCAGCACUACUGAAGUCAGCGUGGAUAGCGUGGAGAAAGAAAAUGAACUGGAGAAUACAGAUCAGCCCCCCUCUCCAGCAUCUACUACCAGCCAGGAAUCAAAGCUGCAGAAACUGAAGCGAUCACUUUCUUUCAAGACCAAAAGUUUACGGAGCAAGAGUGCAGACAACUUCUUUCAGAGGACUAACAGUGAUGUGAAGUUGCAAGUGGAUUUGCCGCCUGAGGUGAGCACCAGCACUGGCCAGCUCCCCAGCUCAGAGAACCAGACCUCCACCCCUACCAAAGUCCAACAGCAGGCAGAAAACAACAAGGCUCACGUUUUUCAGGAACACAUCUUCAAAAAACCCACAUUUUGUGAUGUAUGCAACCACAUGAUUGUUGGGACAAAUGCUAAACAUGGACUGCGCUGUAAGGCUUGUAAGAUGAGUAUCCAUCACAAGUGCACAGACAGUAUUGGACAACAACGUUGCAUGGGCAAACUGCCAAAGGGAUUUCGACGUUACUACAGUUCCCCACUGCUCAUUCAUGAACAGUUUGGCUGUAUCAAAGAAGUGAUGCCUAUUGCCUGUGGCAAUAAGGUUGACCCUGUCUAUGAAACCCUCCGCUUUGGAACUUCUUUGGCGCAGAAAACCAAGAAGGGCAGCUCUGGAAGUGGAUCUGACUCACCCAAGAGGAAUUCUACUUCAGACCUGGCAGAAGUUCCUGAGGAAACGGAUGGUUCAGGAGGCACAUUUGACAUAAACAGGAGACGCAGCAACAGUGUGUUUACAUACUCAGAAAAUGGCACAGAACACUUUGGAGAAGAACCAAAAAGAACAAACUCCCCAGUACAGGGACCGCUUUUCAAAAGCAUGUUACAAAUGAACACCUACGUUGCCUUGUACAAAUUUGUACCACAAGAGAACGAAGACUUGGAGAUGAGACCAGGUGAUAUGAUCACACUUUUGGAGGACUCUAAUGAAGACUGGUGGAAGGGGAAAAUUGAGGACCGAACUGGAUUUUUCCCUGCUAAUUUUGUUCAGAGAGUGCAACGAGAUGAAAGGAUUUACAAGUGUGUCCGAACAUUUAUUGGAUGCAAGGAACAGGGACAGAUAACACUGAAAGAAAACCAAAUCUGUGUGACAUCUGAAAAGGAGCACGAUGGCUUUAUCAAAGUGUACAGCGGGAAGAAGAAAGGCUUCGUCCCCAUAGACGUCCUAGAAAACAUCUGAUUUCAACAUUCCACUUGCGGCAGUAGGAGAGCUUUGUUGGCAAUGCCUGUCUCCCUCAUCUCACACUGUGUCAACCCAGAUGGGCUGUCUUGCAGAUGUUCAGGGAAUAAUGAGACAACUGCAACAACAAUGAAAAGACAUUUAGACUGUUAAAGUAACAACAAGAUUUUAUUUUAAAAAAUAAAAUAAAAAGAGGGUUGAUUCAAAGAAUAUGUAUCAGGAAACCUCCAAGGGGGAAAAGGGAUCAGGGAAGCUAAAAGGAAUAAGGUAAGACGUGUUUGGCCUUAGCUGAUUUUCAGGGCAAGACAGUUAUUAAUACCCUGAUGGAGACAGACAGCCGUUCUGAAGGACUAAACUUGCAUCCCGUCCUUGUCUCCUAAGAAACCUGUUGAACUGUAUUGUUGUUUGAUGUGUGAGUGGAAAAAAGAAAAGGUCCUUGUACUGCAGUCUGAUGCUUGUUAGUAAAGUGUGGCUCUAGAGUUUUGUCCACAGUAUUAGCCACAAUCAGUACAGCGUUUAAUCCAGAUGUUUAGUCUCAUAACAAAGCAGUUUGGAGACAUUGUGUAAACGUCAAUCUGAGAAGUGCACUUUGGUCUGGACAGCGAUGGCUUUCUCUUUCUCUGCGACUGCAAUGCAUGAAAGAGCAGCCUCAGCUUACAUGUCCCUUGUUUUUUGUCUGUAUACGAACAAAACUGUCAGCACAUGUUGGAUGUAAUGACUGUUGUGUUACCUGAUGGAGUUAGCUGAGUUCCUCCUCUUCAGAAUGUCUGACUGGAUGUAUUCCUCCAAGUUCCCUGCUCCUUUAUCUAAGGAUAGAAGUGACAAAAUGCUCAGAGCUGGGUGAGAGCCACAUGCUUGAGAAGUUUUAUAUUUUUCUGGUGUUUCUUACAUUUGGAAAGAUUUUAUAUCUCAGUCCUAUUAAUAAUAAAGGAAGAUGGUCAGUUAAGCCCUGCUAAGAGUGAAACUGAUAGUGACUAACAUGUUGUAAGUGAAUGUAUAGCUCAGAGCGAGUGAGAGAACUGGAUUGUCUUCUAAUUGCGCUUAAUCCUGCCAUUGACUAGAUAGCAGCACUUAGGGUUCAGCUGUAUGUACACUAAGCCAAAUUCUGCCUAGAUGAAAUCCCCCAUGCUUAAGUCCAAUGAAGUUGCAGAAAUGCCCAUUAAGAAAGUGCUUGGGUGACAGUCUGUAUCACGCUGUCUCCAAUGUUGAAAAAUUCCGCUGAAGGGUGCAGAAUGAACCCCUUGUGCCCAAGCAAAACCCAUUAGUUUUAGUGGGUCUCUUUAAAAACAUAAGGUUCUCCAAUGCAAAUCACAUCAUAACAUCAAGGCCUUAGCACUCCCCAGACUACAUGGAAGCAAGAUUUUCAUUUGAGCUUUGCAGGUGGCCACUGUGUCUAAAAUAGGCUGAAUCACAAAGGCCUAUGUCUCAACAUCAAGAAAGUUUGCAUCUGGAGCCCUAGGCCCUAGUCUGGCAUGUAGGAUGGCCCUGCUCUGGCAUGUGGGUUGAAAUCCUAAGCCCCUGCAGAGGCUUCCUGAGGCCUGUAUGCUUCUAGACAGACUCAAGGGUCCACACAGCAGAUCUGUAUGUGAGAUAAAAGCCACACGUUGUGAGCUCUCAUCUGUUUCUCAUUAACAAGUAAGAGUUAGGGGUAUCAACUGCUGAAUCCUUCUCUUUACAGCUUAUGUCAUUUAUACUGAUUGCGAGCAUCCCUUUGUCCAACCAAAACCAUCCUAGCGCAUAACAUGUUUAGUGGGAUUGCCAGAGAUUUAUUUAUAAAUGGUCUUUUUCUUUCACUCAGCUCGCUUUGCAAGGUAACCAAUGGGGAAGCAAAGGAAACAUACGCCUUAGAGAUCAAAAAAAAGAAGUAUUAGAAGUGUCAUUACUCUACCCUACUUUAUAAUAUUUUUAUUUCAUAGUAACCAAUCCAAAUAAUACUUUAAUAAAAACACCUCUCAAAUGCUUGUUAUAACAAAAAUAUGUGUUACUUGGGCCUGGCCUGUUAAACCCGAACUGUAUUACUCUAUACAUGUGUGCUACUGUUUACAUAAUUGCAUCAUACUGUGAUUCCCCUCGUACUGCAAUCUCUUCCUAUGAUUUCAGUUUCUCCAUAAAACAUACAUCAUACUACUCGAAGGAUGAUAUGAAUAGUAACUACAAUUCACAAUGGCCUUUAAUCAAUGUCAGUUUGAUUCUUUUGAUAC